UUUAUAACAAAAACUUUCAACAACAAUAAUAUUCUCUAAAUUUAUAAUUGAGAGUUUCCUGUUCUAAUUUGAAUCUAUCAUUUACAUUUUGCAUGUAAAAAUAGUUUUAGUUACAAUAAAAAGAAAUAAAAAUGUCGUUUAAACAUGAUUUAAUUUUAUUAAUAAGGCCGUAUUAUCUAUUUAAUAUUUUUAUCAGUUUAUCUUAUAUUAUUGCAAAACGUUUACCAAUAUUAUGUUUUUUUAUAUUCGGCGAAGUGGAAUGUGAAUUAGAUGGGCGUGAAACUGAAAUUCUUUUCUUUUUAUUAAUUGUUAUAAUGAUUCGAACUAGAAAAGCGGGAAGUGUGACGAUGAUUAACUAUUUAUCUUCGAGUUUUAUUUAUACAAAAAUUGCAAACAUGAUUUUAUGGUUCUACGCUGAUGUUCGAUUAGGACUCGUUUUCGUUGUAAUAUUCGUGUUGACGGGAUUAUUUUUACCGGAACCCACCUAUUCUGGACCAGAAAAUGUGAUCUACUUCCGAGGCCCAACUGGUUUAGAUGAAGAAUUAGCUCGUGAUAAACGAGUCACAUGGCUUGUGGCAUUUUAUGCCGUAUGGAAUCCAGCAUGCGUUAACUUUGCGCCAGUUUUUUCAAAACUAUCCAAUGAGUACUCACUAUCGAAUUUAAAAUUUGGUAAAGUUGAUGUUGGAAGAUUUCCCGAGGCUGGAAAGACUUACCAUGUCUCAGAUAGUUCAAUGAGUAAACAAUUACCUACCCUAAUUUUGUUUAAAGAUGGGAAAGAGGUUUUACGACGUCCGCAUGCCGAUACAAAAGGAAAAUUACAAAAAUUUUUAUUUUCUGAUGAAAAUAUUAAAGCUGCAUUUGAUUUGAAUAAUUUGUUUAGUGAGUGUAAGGGUAAAGUAAAAAAUAUGAAAAGUAUUCAUCCGAAAAAGGAUUAAAUUUUGGCCAAUUCAUGGAAUAUCGUAGUGCACAACUUCAUUGUAUUUAUUUUCACUGCAGGUCAUCCGAUAUUAGUUUUCGUUAGAUUUUAUCAUUAGGGAUGAAUGAGACGUUUGAAGUUAGUGUUUUUGUUUUGAACAUAUUCGUAUUUGUAAUUGUUACACGUCGGACUGUUACGAUAAAAAGGUAUUAUUCGAUUGGCCUCUUUCACAACAUAUUAUACUCGCAUACAUUAGCCCUGAUCCUUAUAUGCCUUUGCACUCUUAAUUUUUCUUCAAGGGUCAAAGAA